AAAAGAACAAUACAGCCUAGGCCAACUAAAGCCUCCAUGCUAAGACUACAAAAACAACAAGGCUCAGGCCUUGUCACAGCACAAGAAGCACCUACCAAAAAGCCAGAAACACACGUUUCUACAGCCACGUCAUCGCGUUCCAAGAGCACAGUUGGAGCCACAGAAGGUGUCAAGGCUUUUAUGGCUCAACAACGAGCUCGUUUAGCCAAAUCAAAUACGGUCGAGCAAGAGCCCAAAAAACGACAGAACAAUUUUAUGACAGGUGCUGAGCGCUAUGGUGGCAAAACUGACCGAGACGAGGCAUCACAGACCAACACAAGAAAGAUACAAGUCGUGAUAAAACAAGCUAAAUCGUCCGGAAAACUAAAUAUCUCGAGCAGGGGAUUGACAAAGAUACCAGAAGAAGUGUUGAAUAUG